AUGUUUAUGUUCACAACACGAGUAGAUUUUCUGAACGAAAUCCUUUUCGCUUUCCGACUGUUGUGAAGUGGUUUGCUGUAAAUUUCGAAAUGGCAAAACGAACCAAGAAGGUUGGGAUUGUUGGUAAAUAUGGAACAAGGUACGGAGCAUCCUUGAGGAAGUUGAUCAAGAGAAUGGAAGUCUCACAACACAAAAAAUACACUGGUCCAAGUGGAAAAGAUGAUUUAAAACGUGUUGCUGUUGGAAUUUGGCAUUGUAAAUCACUCAACAUUAGGAUUGCUGGUGGAGCUUGGGUUCCAGAGACAACAACUGCAGCUACCGUAAAAUAUGGUAUUCGGCGCUUGAGGGAAAACCAAGAAUAAACAUAUAUUAAACGAG